AAGAAGAUGACGAUCUCAGAAACGAGUUCAUCAUCCGCCAUCGUGUCAUUCGGUGAGAUGCUCAUUGAUUUUGUGCCUGACAUAGCUGGAGUUUCCUUAGCCGAGUCUACUGGUUUCCUCAAAGCACCUGGGGGUGCUCCUGCCAAUGUUGCUUGUGCCAUAACUAAGCUUGGUGGUAGCUCUGCCUUUAUUGGCAAGUUUGGAGAUGACGAGUUUGGGCACAUGCUAGUGGAUAUCUUGAAGAAGAACGAUGUGAACACAGAUGGGGUGUGUUUUGAUGAACAUGCACGAACUGCAUUGGCCUUUGUAACAUUGAAGAAGAAUGGGGAGAGGGAGUUCAUGUUUUAUAGAAACCCCAGUGCAGACAUGCUGCUAAAAGAGUCGGAGUUAAAUUUGGGUCUCAUCAAGCAGGCCAAGAUAUUCCAUUACGGAUCCAUAAGCCUGAUAUCUGAGCCAUGCAAGUCUGCUCACCUGGCAGCCAUGAAAGCUGCUAAGGAAGCCGGCAUUCUGCUUUCAUAUGAUCCGAACGUCCGCUUACCUCUCUGGCCUUCUCCUCAUGCUGCUAGAGAUGGAAUCAAGAGCAUCUGGAAUCAAGCUGAUUUCAUCAAGGUGAGUGAUGAUGAGGUUCAAUUCCUCACACAAGAAGAUCCUGAGAAGGAAGAUAAUGUUCUGACCCUAUGGCAUGAUAACCUCAAGCUGCUUGUUGUCACUGAUGGAGAGAAGGGAUGUAGAUACUUCACCAAGAGUUUUAAAGGAAAGGUGAGUGGGUUCUCGGUGAAAACUGUUGACACAACUGGUGCUGGGGAUGCUUUUGUUGGUGCACUUCUGGUUUCUAUCGCCAAAGAUACUAACAUCUUUCGUGAUGAAGCAAAACUUAGAGAGGCUCUGACAUUUGCAAAUGCAUGUGGAGCAAUUUGUACAACAAAGAAGGGAGCAAUUCCAGCUCUUCCAUCCGCCUCCAAUGCUCAUGAGCUCAUGUCUAAGGCUAAAUAGGCCGAAAACAUUUCCUUUAUCAUUCGCCUUCGAAUAAUUCCGGUUUGUCUAAGGAUGGAUAAUAAGUAUUUUUUUUUUUUAAUUUUCGGAAAAUCUCUCUCUCUCUCUCUCUCUCUCUCUC